AUGAGUCGCUCUCAAGCUAAAAUGACGUCAGCUAUGGGGACUGCGGGGGCGUUGAGACUCGGCCGUACUGGAAAUAGUGCUGAGGGUGAUAGUAUUCCUCUGGAUAGCACUGGCCGGGCUUUUCGACAAAUACCCUGGGAUGAUGGUCGGGAUGGUAUGAACUUGAUGGGUAUGGCAGGCGAAGACGGUCCGUCACGAACCCUCUUCAUCUCGGGUUUGCCCACAAGCUUCUUCCUCGAAGAUGUGGUCGCGAUGUUCAAGCUGUUCGGCCCUAUGCGCGACGUCCAACUCGUGUCGUUCCCGCCUGGAUGCGCUGUGGUCACAUUUGACUCGGAGCAAGAUGCGGAACGAGCUCGGUUGACCUGUGAUAACUUCACCUUUGAACAAACCGGCCGAAGGCUCUCUGUGAGGCCCAUGGCUGUCGACUCGCCUGACUCAUAUGAGAUGCUCAACAGAGGGUCUUCAGCGAGGCACUAUACGCAUCGCAAGGUUCCAUCCACCACGGAUGAGACUGAGAUCGCUGGAGUGUUUUCAGAAUUUGGUCAUGUCAAUUCGGCACACAUCAUACCUUCACGGAGCCUUGGUAUUGUGUCGUUCAACACUAUGGAGGAAGCUGUUAAUGCAAUGACCACCGUGAAUCUGCGAAUGUCCAGCGGUGACGAACGAGUUCCCAUCCAUUGGCUCGCAUCCGGUGUGCAUGUUGAACUGGACAGUCCGGUCCAGGACGAGUAA